AUGAUACAAGGUGCUCCAAAGCGGAACACUUCGAUGAGUGAAUUACACGAUCCUUAUUCCACGCCAGAGAUUUAUUAUGGUCCAUCGACGGACCCCCGUAAGCAGAAGCAUCCGAAUAAGUUUUCGAGGACACGUACCAUGAGUAUAAUUGAUAAUGUGUCCAAUUUCAAGUUUUUAGAUAAGAAGCAUGCCAUUAAGCGGCGGGGCUCGGAGGAUGACUCUAUGCUUGCUAGUUCUGGACAUAGGAAAUUUUAUAUUAAGGAUGUGGAUAGAACUUUGGAAGAGUUGUUGGAGAGUGAAGACACGGAUGGCAACUAUCAGAUUACCAUUGAAGACACUGGGCCGAAAAUGAUCCGUGUCGGUACGGCGAACUCUAAUGGUUACAGGCACGUGCAAAUCCGCGGUACCUAUAUGCUAUCAAAUUUGUUGCAAGAAUUAACGCUAGCGAAAAAUUUCGGGAGGAAACAGGUCAUUCUAGAUGAGGCGCGGUUGAACGAGGAUCCUGUUAGUAGAUUGACAAGGCUAAUUAAUAAUCAAUUUUGGAACUGUUUGACUAGACGUAUUGAUUAUAACAGCAUUGCGGUUAUUGCAGCAGAUAAUAAGAUUAACAAGCCAGGUGCCAAAAUUCCGCGGAUAUACGUUCCUCAUGGGUGUGAUGAACAGUAUGCAUUUUUCAUUGAGUGUGCACAUUAUAAUCCAUCUUUGAAUUUGGAGGUCAAGUAUUUACCGGAGGUGAUCACGCCAGAGUAUGUGAAGUCUUUGAAUGAGACUCCAGGGUUGUUGGCGUUGGCGAUGGAAAGGCACAUGGAUCCUAUUAGUGGUGAAACUUCGUUGGUUGGGUUUCCUUAUGUGGUUCCCGGAGGUAGGUUCAAUGAGUUGUAUGGCUGGGAUUCCUAUUUGAUGGCUUUGGGUCUUUUGGAAUGCAACAAAGUGGAUCUUGCACGUGGUAUGGUUGAGCAUUUUAUCUUUGAAAUUCAACAUUAUGGUAAAAUUUUGAAUGCAAACAGGAGCUACUAUUUGUGUCGGUCGCAACCCCCCUUUUUGACGGACAUGGCUUUAAAGGUGUUUGAAAAACUAGGUGGUGAUCAGAAUCCAAUGGCAAUUGAUUUUUUGAAGAGAGCAUUUCAGGCAGCUAUUAAGGAAUAUAAAUCUGUGUGGACAGCGGAACCAAGAUAUGACAAGGCAACUGGCCUUUCGUGCUAUCAUCCGGAUGGUAUGGGUAUCCCUCCAGAGACUGAGGCAGACCAUUUUGACGCCAUUUGUAGAAAAUUUGCAUCGAAACAUAAUGUUUCAAUUCCAGAGCUCAGACGCAUGUAUGAUGCUGGAGAAGUUAUUGAGCCGGAAUUGGAUGAAUUCUUUUUACAUGAUCGCGCCGUUAGAGAAAGUGGACAUGACACAAGUUAUAGGUUGGAAGGUGUCUGUGCAUACUUGGCAACAAUCGAUUUGAACUCCUUAUUAUACAAGUACGAAAAAGAUAUUGCAAAUGUAAUUGCUAAUUAUUUUGAUGACAACUGCACGGAUCAUUUUGGUGACACAACUAAUUCUUCAUAUUGGGAAUCACUUGCAGAAGCAAGAAAACAAAGAAUUACGAAAUACUUGUGGGAUGAAGAUACAGGUUUCUUUUAUGAUUAUAACGUAAAGACUAAGCAACGCACUUCAUAUCAUUCUGCUACUACAUUUUGGUCUAUGUGGGCCGGGUUGGCCACUCAAGAACAAUCUAAUACAAUGAUUCAAAAAGCACUACCAAGAUUAGAAAUGUUUGGUGGUUUAGUAGCUUGCACUGAAGAAUCUAGAGGUGAAAUCACUAUCAAUAGACCUAAUAGGCAGUGGGACUACCCUUACGGCUGGGCACCGCAUCAAAUAUUGGCGUGGGGUGGAUUGGACAAUUAUGGUUUCACCGGAGAAGCCAGAAGGCUAGCAUAUAGGUGGUUAUUUUUGAUGACUAAAGCUUUUGUGGAUUAUAAUGGUAUAGUCGUGGAGAAAUAUGACGUUACUAAGAGGACUGAUCCUCAUAGGGUUGAUGCAGAAUAUGGUAACCAGGGCGCAGAUUUUAAAGGUGUGGCUACAGAAGGUUUUGGCUGGGUGAACACUAGUUACAUAUUGGGAUUGAAGUUUAUGAAUACCUAUGCUAAAAGAGCUUUAGCUACUUGCACACUCCCAAAUAUAUUUUUCUCAAGCAUGAAGAGAGAUGAAAAGGUAAGAUAUGCUUUGGCCUAG